AUGUCAGAACAAAUCUCCGUUGAAGAAUAUUUACAGUCGAUCCACAAUGCUUCUGCUGUAAUUAGCCCUAAAUUGGAUCCACAUCCCAUCUUGUCUCGUCCACGUGUGAUGAUCAUUUGUGGAUCAGGAUUGGGUGGAAUUGCCAAUACAUUACAUUCGAACCCCAUUAUUGAAAUUCCUUACUCCUCUAUCCCCGGUUUCAAAACAUCUACAGUACAAGGACAUGCGGGCAAGUUAGUGUUUGGAUUGAUUGGUGAAAACAAAGUUCCCGUUAUGUGUAUGGUUGGUCGUUUACAUUUUUAUGAAGGUUACACUUUUCAACAAACAACAUUCCCCAUCCGAGUAGCUAAAGACUUGGGUAUUAGCACUGUAUUUGUAACCAAUGCCGCUGGAGGUAUUAAUGAGCUGUAUAAACCCGGUGAUUUAAUGGUUAUUGAAGAUCAUGUGAAUUUCCCUGGUUUAGCAGGUUGGCAUCCAUUACGAGGCCCAAAUUUGGAAGAAUUUGGUCCUAGGUUUUUACCAUUAUCUGAUGCAUAUGAUCAUUCAUUAAGAAAACUUUUCGUUGAAAAAGCUCAGGAAUUGAAUGUGGCUAGACCAAUCCAUGAAGGAACAUACUUCUUUGCUGCUGGACCAACAUUUGAAAGUCGAGCCGAAGUGAGGGCUAUUCGUACAUUGGGUGGGGAUGCAGUGGGAAUGUCGACUGUUCCUGAAGUUAUUAUUGCUCGUCAUUGUGGAUUGAGAGUGUUUGCAUUAUCUUUGAUUACCAAUGCUGGUGUCGGUGCCAAACCGCCUAGUGCAUUACAUCCUAAUCCAGUGGCCUUAGAUGAUGGUAUGGCAAGUCAUGCCGAGGUUUUAGAAGCUGCCGAUGAAGCUUCAAAAGAUGUUGAAAGGAUAAUCGAGGCAACUAUAAAUCAAUUAUAG